CUUGGCCGCUUCCCCUUUUGGCUACUACUAGUCCCCGGCACCUCCAUAACCCCCAUUCAUGGCCAUGUCCACUCCCACACAGCUCCCUCCAUAGCCACCCCACCCGAGCCCCGGACGGACUCUCCUCUCCCACCCGCUUCAUUUUUCACUUCCAUCCAUCGAUCCUCGUGCUCCGCGCGCGCUAGCUCUCCGUUGGUCUGCUCCGUCGUUCCUGCCGCUGCUGCUGCGCCAUGGCCGGGAUCGACCUCAACACGGUGGAGGAGGACGAGGAGGAGUCGUCCGCGCUCGCCGGACCCGACUGCUCCUCCCACUCCCACUCCCACUCCCUCUCCCUCUCCCACCACAGCCAGGCCAGCUCCGCGGCCACGCCUCCGCCGCCGCAGCCCCACCGCGCCGGGGUGUGCCUCGAGCUCUGGCACGCCUGCGCGGGCCCCGUCGCGCCCACGCCGCGCAAGGGGGCCGUCGUCGUCUACCUCCCGCAGGGCCACCUCGACCACCUCGCCGACGCCGCCUCCCCUCCCGCACCCGCCGCCGCCGCAGCCGUGCCGCCGCACGUCUUCUGCCGCGUCGUCGACGUCUCCCUCCACGCGGACGCGUCCACGGACGAGGUGUACGCGCAGCUCGCGCUCCUCCCGGAGACCGACGAGGCGCUGCGACGGAUGCGCGACGCCGCGGAGGACGCGGGCGGCGGCGGCGACGACGGCGAGGAGGCCGGCAAGCAGCGGGUCGCAAGGAUGCCGCACAUGUUCUGCAAGACGCUCACCGCCUCCGACACCAGCACCCACGGCGGCUUCUCCGUGCCGCGCCGCGCCGCCGAGGACUGCUUCCCGCCUCUGGAUUACAGCCAGCAGCGCCCGUCGCAGGAGCUCGUCGCCAAGGAUCUGCACGGCACCCAGUGGAAGUUCCGCCACAUCUACAGAGGCCAGCCGCGCAGGCACCUUUUAACCACUGGAUGGAGUGCGUUUGUCAACAAGAAGAAGCUCGUCUCUGGGGAUGCUGUCCUAUUUUUGAGGGGUGAUGAUGGGGAACUGAGACUGGGAGUUCGCCGGGCGGUUCAGCUUAAAAAUGGAUCUGCUUUCCCAGCGCUUUAUAGCCAGUGUUCCAACCUUGGUUCACUAGCUAAUGUGGCGCAUGCUGUGGCUACAAAGGGCAUCUUCAACAUCUACUACAACCCCAGGUUAAGUCAAUCUGAGUUCAUUGUGCCCUAUUGGAAGUUCACAAAAAGCUUCAGUCAACCAUUUUCGGUUGGAUUGAGGUUCAAAAUGAGAUAUGAAAGUGAAGAUGCUGCUGAAAGAAGGUACACAGGGAUAAUUACUGGAACUGGUGAUGCAGACCCUAUGUGGCGUGGUUCAAAGUGGAAAUGUUUGAUGGUAAGGUGGGAUGAUGAUGCUGAGUUCCGUCGACCAAACAGGGUAUCUCCUUGGGAGAUUGAGCUGACCAGUUCAGCUUCAGGAUCCCACCUGGCGACACCAACUUCAAAGCGACUGAAACAUUGUCAUCCCCAUCCAGAAUACAUGGGUCCAAAUGGAGGUGGUUGCCCUGAUUUUGCGGAGUCUGCACAAUUCCGCAAGGUCUUGCAAGGUCAAGAAUUAUUGGGUUAUAAAGCUCAUGAUGGUACUGCUGUUGCUACUUCACAGCCACGUGAAGCAAGAAACUUGCAGUACAUUGAUGAGCGAAGUUGCUCCAAUGGUGUGAGUAACAAUGUCCUAGGGAUUACAAGACACGGUGUCAGAACACCACUUGGAGUUCCCUACCAUUGCUCUGGCUUUGGGGAGUCUCAGAGAUUCCAAAAGGUCUUGCAAGGUCAAGAAGUUUUCCGUCCUUACCGAGGAAGUAUGGUCGAUCCGCGUAUGAGAAGCAGCGGUUUUCAUCAACAAGAUGGUCCUUAUACACCUGCCGUGGCGAAUAAUUGGCAUUCACAACAGCAUGGUUUUCCUUUUGGGCCACCAGCACCAGUGCUGCAGUCUCAAUCAUCGAUGUCACCACCUUCUGUCCUAAUGUUUCAGCAGGCUAAUUCAAAUGUCUCUCAGUUUGAAUUUGGGCUUGGGCACCUGGAUAAGAAUGAGGGCGAUCGACAUGCUAGGUUUGUCUCUGCUGAAGGUGUUGGAAGGGCAGGGCAAGCAUUGUCGCUCCAGCCUCAUCUUUUUCCAGGAGAAGUGAUUGAUGGUCAUGUUACAGCGGAGAAGCUGCACACCCCACCAGACAACAGGGAUGUUGCACCUAACAGUUGCAAAAUAUUUGGUAUCUCUCUGGCUGAGAAGGUUCGAGCAAGGGAUGGAAUUGGUUGUGGCGAUGCCAACUUUCCAUCUCCAAUGCAGUCCUUGAAGCAACAAGUGCCAAAAUCCCUCGGCAACAGCUGUGCUACUGUUCAUGAGCAAAGGCCUGUUGUUGGCAGGGCGAUCGACGUCCAACAGUGGAUAUGACAAUCUGUUACUAGAGCCGAAUUUGAAAGUCGUCUGGAGGUGAAGGGAAAUUAUGGUAGUGUUGGUGAUUCUUGAGAGCAGAAAAGCCUCUGCUCUGACCAUUCCAGUCGAACUUGUAUCUUGUUAGUUGUUGGUGGAGUCUAGUACCUUAGUUGGCCACUGUCAGCAGUGUUUGUGGCUGCUGGAAACCUGAAACUACCUGUGUUAUGUAUAACAUGUAUGCUAUGACAGGCCUGUCUAGCUGGUUCUCCUAUAAUUCGUAUGCUAGUUGGCCAUGGCAUGGUUGCUCC